AUGGCGCCAGAAAGCCCCAGUGCCUACCAGAUGCCCCGCUGGGCCCCGCAGCCAGAAGAAGCCCACCCUGCCAAGAGGCGGUGCCUCCAGGAGCCUGCUGUCCUGUGGUCGCUGGUACAGGCAGACCUGGAAGAAUCCGCCAGGCCUGCCAGCGAGGAGCUCACCUCCACGGUGUUCCUUCCCACCGGCUGUGCCGUGAAACUACACCUGGAAGGCAUCCACUUGCUGCUGGAGCCGGACCCUGGCUCGGUCAUGCGAGUGUCGCUACCCGGACACACCAUCCUCUUGGUCCCCGAGGCCCUCCAAGCCUCUUCCCAACAUGGACAGCCUGUGUUCUGGCCUGCAGCCAUGCAGGAGGCCGCUGUCCUUGACAUGCCCCAGGACCACCACGUCUGUGCCCUACACCAGGGAUUCAAUAGUGCAUCUCUACCAUACAUCCAAGGCUUUGCAAAUGUCCCUGGUCCACAUGAAGACACUCAGGAAGACUUUGUGAUGCCGCUGAUGAAUGAUCCAAGUCUCAUGGCCCCAGAAAUCCUUUCGCCCUUCAGGGGCAUGUUCAGCCCCAUGUUUCCCUGUCAAAUGCCAUAUCCCUGGAGUGAGAACUGCCCUCCUAGUGCAGGGAGAGAUGCUCCCUGGUCUGUCUGGAGCCUCCAAGACAGCAUACUGUGCCCUCUGCCCGGGUCUCCACUGCAGCCUCUCCCUCCCUCUCCUCCUCCAAGUCCCGAAGAACAGGCCUCUGGGAGUCGUCAGAAGCCUCCAAUGGUUAGGCGCAAGGCCCAGAGGCGACUAGUCUUCUAG